AUGGAAUCUCAUAACUCUUCUUAUCAAUACUUACUUGAGGACCGUCCUGGCAUAUCUGAAAAUGCUAUUAGCGGAAAACAUAUUUGUGUAGAGGCUUGCAGUCGACGGCCUUGGUUGCAAUUCCUUCGAGAAUGGUACCUGAUUCCCCUCUAUCUCGUUUACACCACCACUAUCACAUUCGGCGCGGUUUACUGGCUCAAUGGAAAGUCCUUUGCAAUCGACGGCUCAUACAGCUCCGGGACCAGACUUACGCAGUCGGACGUGACAACACUCUUCUCAGUCGCGAUGGUUAUCGGUAGAAUCAUUUGUACCACAUGGCAAGCGCUCGCUGCCUGGCGGUGUGCCUUGAUUCUUCUUGAGAAGACCGGUCUCUCACUCGCUACUACUAGCCGCUUAAUUUCGUGGCAAGCACCAACACCCAGCAUGUUCCAGCCGUCAUCCUCUCAGACAGGCACGAGGGUACUUGUGAUUUUGAUCUUGCUUCUCGCUUGGCCGGCUCAAAUCGCAAACCCACUGGCGUCCGGUUCCCUCUCCUGGGCACCUUCAACGGUCUACGGUUCCCCUACUUCAUCAAUAUCACUGAGUGGUGCACCGGCUCUUUUAAAUCCUUGGAAGUGGUACACGAUGUAUCCAGACGUUCGUAAUGGUAGGGUCAAACUGGCUGCGGGCCAUGCAUUCUUGGCUUCUACGACGAUGAUAAAUACAACAGGGGGGCUGCAAAUGAUUCCGGCCCAACGUAUAGUCACGCAAUUGAAAUCUUACCCCAACGCGACAAUUGUGAAAAACGCGACGGUGCCUGUCUUCAACAUCGAGAAGUUUGCAUGGGUUAAAGAAGGUGAAUCUCUCCCCCUUGGGAUACAGGGUGCUGUGACGGAUUCUCUCAGUGGAUACCUGAACAUAUCCAGCCCAUCUGGACCAUUAUCACAAGUUCUGCCUGGCAAUACUGCCUUGCUCAAAGACACUCCUUGGGAACCACUGCCCGAUACUGAACUUCCGCCUGCAGCGAUAUUCUCUGGAACCAAGUAUGCCGCGAUCUAUAUUUCACGCAAUUUCAAUGGAGGCGAGGGAAACAAUUACGACUGCCACAGUGGCACAAGCGAUUUCGACCCGUUGCCAAAUGGAAUAAGACUCAUUAAUGUCAGCUGGAACAACAACUACACGGAUUGCCUAGCUGUCGCAAAACUCACUAUAACCGCAGGGGUAACCCGGUGCUAUCAAAGGGAUCCACGGCCGCCAUCCAAACCUAUUUGCUUUUUGUCAUCCGGGGUUCUCGUCGCAAAAGCUACAAACAUCUCAGCAGAUGUCCUUAUCCAGCAAGUAUUUAGUAUGAUGCCUGAAGUUCAGAGUCUAAUAGCAGCCCUUGGCCUGUCUGAUCCCGAGGCACACAACGGUGAGUUGGAAGUUUACCUCCGUAACUCGCUGAUUCAAGCGUACCAAGGAGCUUGGAGCGCGCUAACGGAUUAUUUCUCUGAUCCAGAUAGCCCAGCCCAAGUCGAUAUCUGGCAGCCUUCUUCCUUACUUAAAGUCCGGGUCUCAGUAUGGCGGAUGUAUACGUGGCUCGGUAUCAACGCGCUAUUGGUGGUCUCUGGCGUUCUCCUCCUCGCGCUGCAGUCAAGGUGCAGGGUAAAGACAGUCAAUGACCCGGUAGUGGCAAGUCUCAUGAUAGAUAGCUCAGCGGUCAUCAAUUCUGACAAGACUGGGCUUUGUAAUGCCACAGAUAUUGGUUCAGGGUUUGGAAAUGCAAGAUUGGAGGUGUUUUUGAAGGUUAAUAGCAUUAGCCAUUUGGUGGAGAACUAUCAUCACCCUAGGUUAGUACCUAAAGAACUGAUUACUUGA